AUGGCGCGUCGAAUACCAAUAUAUCUUCUAAUAUUGUUUCUAAACGGCAUCGGCGCAAAACCUGCAAAAAACAACACCAUUGAUCAUGCAAAAGUUGAAAUCACUACAACGAAUGAUCUAGAAACAGAUGCGAACUGUACAAAUGCGAUUAACGAUAAUAUAAAUGAAGAAUAUAUUUUUAAUGGAACAGAAAUGGAUAUAUUGAAAUCUAUAAAGAACACGGUUGACGAUAAUGGAACAGUACAUCGUAGGAAGUGCGAGAUUGUAAACAUAACGAACACAGACGAUAUACGAUAUGCUAAUACGAAUAUGCUAGACUCGGUUUACUUGAACAAUAUUUACUCGAGGGUGACUACGAAUUUGAUAGAGGAGAAAGUGUCGAUUGAUAAGAUUGAAGCGAACGGUGUGAGUUUGUACGAUUUGGUGAACAGUGACUGUGGUGGUGCGAAAUUGUGUCCGAGUUUCAAUGUCAACUGGACUGAGAAGACCAUUACUAUUGGAUUUCUUGGAGCUUACGGAUGGAGUCAGACGGUGUUGGGCGCUAUGCCACUGGCAGUAGCCGCGGUAAACCGGGAACCGAGCCUGCUACCCGGGCUGAGGUUGCGGUUUGUGGCCGCAGACAUAGGCCGUUCGAGACCACCACUGCCUAAGGACAAGGACAGUUUUACACUGCGGGUGAUGACCCAGAUGCGUGACUUGGGCGUGGUGGCAUUCUUCGGCCCCGACAGCACCUGCCACACCGAGGCCAAGCUGGCUGCUGCCUGGAAUCUACCACUCAUAUCUCAUAAAUGCACCGGAGCUCGUGGGUCGUCGCAUGAGGGCAAUGCAGGUCUUGGUGCGACUUUCGCCAGGACCCUACCACCGGCGUACAAAGUCAGCAAGUCAGUAGUGGCACUGCUAAAGGCAUUUGGAUGGUCCAAAUUCGCUAUCGUCGUUGGAGACGCUCUCACAGCUGCUACGCAACAAAUGAAUGCUAUUAAAGAGCUGGCCCAAUCGAAUGGUAUGACGGUAACUGCAGAGCAUAGCUUCGCAGACUACAUACCUCUCCAUAUCUCUGAAAUGGAGCGGAUCGUUGAUCAGACAUACGACAAGACGAGAGUGUACGUGUUCCUUGGUGAACAUAUCGCUCUGGUAGACUUCGUGAACUUGCUCCAGCGGCGAGGACUCCUCAAGAACGGGGAGUACGCUGUGGUCGCCGUGGAUGAUGAGAUCUACGACCCGAGUACUGCAGCCAUCACACAUGCUGAUCAUUUGGGCCAGAACAGCACUAAUGACAUCCUGGCGUUUCGUGCUGUUCUCAAGCUGACACCAUCGUUUCCUACUAACCCACAUUACUCAUUGCUCUGCCAAAUGAUCAGGGAGUUGUCUGCAGCGCCGCCAUUCUGCGUGCCCAAUUACCACAAACUCUUCGAAGAUGCUUCGGUCCCCAUAGAAGCAGCUCAUCUUUACGAUGCUGUGACACUUUGGGCCCGAGCUGCCACGGCUGCGAUGAGGGCCGGCCUGCCACCUACAGAUGGCACUGCCUUGAUGAAACUUCUAAGACCUACCACCUACCGUUCAGUACAAGGUUUUGAUGUCUACAUGGACACGGCUGGUGAUGCAGAAGGCAACUUCACGGUGAUCGGUUUGGUGGAAGAUGCUACUGCCCCAGGAGGCUGGAGCGCCCAACCUGUCGCCACGUUCCAUUACGCAAACUCAUCUGAUCUAUUGCCGGAACUAGUUGGAGGCAAUACAAUAGCCUGGAUUGGAGGCAGACCGCCUGUCGCUGAGCCGGCUUGUGGAUUCAAUGGCUCCAAGUGCUCCCUGCCUCACGACCCUGGGGUACUGUCGGCGGCUGCGGCGGCCGCUGCAGCAGCUAUCCUGGCGGCUGCCUUGCUGUUCCGUCAUUAUAGAUACGAGCAGAAGUUGGCUUCAGUGCUGUGGAGAAUUGAGGCAAAGGACCUGACUUUUAUAUCUGCUUGCAACACGAAUAAGACAUCAAUGCCCCAAGACGUGGAUACUCGACGUGCACACACCACAAUAGCUCUCUACAGAGGCAAUAUUGUUGCUGUGAAGCGUUUACAGAAGAAAAGCAUCGACGUUACUAGAGCCAUCAGGAAGGAAUUGAAACAGAUCCGUGAGCUACGUCAUGAAAAUCUGACCACAUUUGUUGGGGUCUGCGUCGAAAGCGGUUCUAGCUACGUGGUCUCCGCUUACUGUUCAAGAGGCUCGCUGGCACGCGUCCUGGCUGAUAGAGAUCUACAUCUGGAUGACAUGUUCGUCGCUAGCCUGGUAGCUGAUCUUCUGCGGGGUCUCACCUACCUGCACGACUCUCCGCUGAUAUCCCAUGGGAAUUUAACGUCGAGCAACUGUUUGGUUGACAGCCGAUGGGUGUUACAGAUAGCUGACUAUGGUCUUCAUAAUUUGAAAAGUGGCUGCGUUGAUUCUGAAGAUGCACUUCGCAUGGAGAGACGGAUGCUGUGGAGAGCUCCGGAGCUCCUAAGAGAUCCCAACCCUCCCGCCAGAGGUUCCCAGAAAGGGGACGUAUACUCUUUCGGGAUUAUCCUGUACGAGAUUCUGGGCAGAAAUGGACCGUGGGGUGACACCAGUUUGACAUUUGCAGAAAUAAUAGGACGAGUUCGUCAGCCAAUCGGUGGUGUGCUGUUCCGACCGUCUCUCAGUGGCCUGGUAGCACGACCAUCAGUUCUGGCGGUACUGAACGCCUGCUGGAGUGAAAGACCCGAAAGGCGACCUGAUUUGAGACUCGUCAGAUUGCGGCUGAAGGAUAUGCAUGCUGGCAUGAAGACGAACAUAUUCGACAACAUGCUCGCAAUGAUGGAGAAGUACGCUUCAAACUUAGAAGCUUUAGUGGCGGCCAGAACGGAACAGCUAUUGCAAGAGAAGAGCAGGACUGACGAUCUGCUCAAUAGGAUGCUACCUAGAACUGUCGCUGAAGCACUGAAGCGGGGUGAGAGAGUUCAAGCGGAGAGUUACGACUGUGUCACGAUAUAUUUCAGCGAUAUAGUUGGCUUCACUAGACUGGCGGCAGUGAAUUCACCAAUGCAAGUCGUGGAGAUAUUAAACGACCUGUACACCUGUUGUGAUGCUGUUAUAUCAUACUACAAUGUUUACAAGGUGGAAACAAUAGGAGAUGCGUACAUGGUAGUAGGUGGACUACCCGAACGGUGCUCACGUCAUGCGGCUGAAGUAGCUUCCUUAGCUCUGCAUGUGCUGGAUGCUGUACCGAAGAUCAGGAUGAGGCAUAUGCCAGCUGCACGGCUGCAUAUACGAAUAGGUAUCCACAGUGGGCAAUGUGCUGCUGGAGUGGUGGGCGUGAAGAUGCCCAGGUACUGUCUUUUUGGGGAUACUGUCAACACGGCGGCGCGGAUGGAGUCCAACGGAGAACCCCAGAAGGUCCACAUCAGUAAUGACACGUACUUACUACUGAAGCAGCAUGGAGGCUACCACUUCAAAGAGAGGGGAAUCAUCAAUAUUAAGGGAAAAGGUGAGAUGAAGACAUGGUGGCUUGUGGGAGAAGAUCACGAGAGGAGGAAAAAUUCAAUUUGCCGAUUCCCACCAGUUCAGAAUCGCGACUACGCAGGCAGCACCUACGACGAGCCAUGGUGGAGUCCUCAGCGGUCCAUCCUGAAUAUAAGGGACCGGGCGAGACUCUCCUGCGGAGGAUCCUUAGGCCCGGGAUCAGCACUAUCCUCCCCUGGACCCCCAGCGUGCGCCUGCUUCGUACCGCCCAGAGAAAACCACUCGGCCCCCGUCGUCUCAUUUUGCGAGGACUGA